AUGGCUGCAUCUUUGCCAAAUUUUCCGAGUUUUCCGGUACAUGAAAACAAUGCUGAAAUAAGGUGGCGUAAAUGGAUAAGUAGACUUGAAAAUUUAUUCAUUGGAUUAAACAUAAAGGACAGCAAACGACAAAGAGCACUCUUGCUGCAUUACGCUGGAGAAGAUGUCAACGAAGUCUUUGAUACCCUUGAUAAUACAGGAGAAGACGUUGAUGCCGCUAAACAGAAGUUAACCGCUUACUUUGCUCCGAAAAAGAAUACAGAAUACGAAAUCUACAAAUUUAGGCAAGCCAAACAAACAUCUGAUGAAACUAUCGACAGUUUUCACACGAGACUACGCCAGCUAGCUGUAAACUGUGAAUUUACUGAAACAUCUAAAGAAGUAAAAUCGCAAAUUAUCCAAGGUUGUCAUUCAACUAGACUAAGACGAAAGGCUCUUAGGGAAGACACGACCCUUGAAGGAUUAAUUUCAUCAGCCAGAGCGUUAGAACUUUCCGAAAAACAGGCAUCAGAAAUUGAACAAUCAGACAAACAAUCCGCAAAUGCUGUUAGAAAAGGAGUUGGAAAACGUAGAAACGGACCACGAUUUCUACAGACACAAACUGACCAAAACGUAAAGAAAAGAACUACUGGUACUUGCAGAAACUGUGGAGGUGACUUUCCACAUGCAAACAAAAAAUACUGUGAUAAAGUACAGAAAGGACAACCGAAAAUAAACGUGAAAAUCAAUAAUUCUAAUGUGGAUAUUUUAAUUGAUACAGGAUCAAGUAUUAAUGUUAUUGAUGAAAGCACAUUCGAGAACAUCAAGUGUAAACCCAAACUUUCUCACGCUGACACUAAAGUCUUCGCAUAUGGAUCAGACAAAAACUUGAAAUUAAUGGGAAAAUUUCACGCUACGAUAGAGACUGACCAUAAAAUAAAAACCGCACCGGUGUAUGCGAUGAAAGGAAGAUACGGGAAUUUAUUGUGCUAUGACACAUCUGUUGACUUAAGCAUAGUGCCAGUCAUUUCGGCAGUAGCAGAUAAACAUGAAAUAUUAUGCAAUAAAUAUAGCGAUGUGUUCAAUGGAAUUGGAAAAUUAAAAGAUGAAAAAGUUGAAAUUCAUAUUGAUGGAAGUAUAAGACCAGUAAUACAACCACAUAGGCGUAUACCGUUUCACAUUCGAAAGCAGGUAGAAGCAGAACUCGAGAAACUCGAAAAACAGGAUAUAAUAGAAAAGGUGGAUGGACCAACACCUUGGGUGUCCCCGAUAGUUUUGGCCCAUAAACCGAAAAACAAGAACGAAAUUCGAUUAUGCGUGGAUAUGAGGGAACCGAACAAAGCUAUUUUGCGUUCACGUCAUAUUACACCAACACUCGAUGAUAUGAUCUUGGAUUUAAACGGAUCUAAAGUAUUCUCGAAAAUGGACCUUCGAAGUGGAUAUCAUCAAUUGGAGUUAAACGAAGAAUCCCGGAACAUCACAACCUUCACGACACACGUAGGAUUGCGGAGAUAUAAACGACUCAGUUUUAGUGUUUCAUCAGCCGCAGAAUUAACAAAGCAGGAUUCUAAAUGGGAAUGGACAUCUGAACAACAGGAAUCAUUUGACAAGCUAAAGAAUGAACUUGUUGCUGACCGUGUGAUGUCAUACUUUGACCCUAACAAAGAAACAAUGUUGAUAGUAGAUGCAAGUCCCGUUGGAUUAGCUGGAUUAUUAAUACAAAAUGGAAAAAUUAUCGCAUACGCAAGCCGAUCAUUGACAGACGUUGAAACACGCUAUUCGCAAACAGAAAAGGAAGCAUUAGCAAUUUAUAAACCAGGAAAGGUGAACGCAGCUGAUUAUUUAUCAAGACAUCCGACACCGAAUACAUCAAUCGCAUGUAAACAUUCUCAAUUAGCUGAAGAAUAUGUCCGAUAUUUAACUGACAACGCUGUGCCGAAGGCAAUGACCCUUAAUGAGAUAGCUGAAAGUACACAAAAAGAUAAAGAUCUGCAAACCGUAAUUACUGCAUUAAAAUCAAACAGGUGGGACAAGUAUGAGAGUAAUACGCUAGAUACAUUCUCAAGAUUAAGAUACGAAUUAACAAUCGUUCCCGUUAAUGAUAUGGAGAUCAUACUUCAUGAUAAUAGAAUUGUCAUUCCGAAAGAGUUACAGAUGCGUGUAAUUGACCUUGCACAUGAAGGACAUCAGGGCAUAGUACGUACAAAACAGUUAUUACGUGAAAAGGUAUACUUCCCUGGAAUAGACAAACUAGUAGAACAAACGUGUAAAUCAUGUAUACCAUGUUUAGCGUCAACCCCGAAAAAUGUUUUCGAACCGUUACAAAUGUCUGAGAUACCGAAUAAUGUAUGGGAGAAUCUCAGCAUGGACUUUUGUGGACCAUUUCCGAAUGGAUAUUACGUUAUGGUAAUAAUUGAUGAAUACUCAAGGUAUCCUGUAAUAGAAACCUUAACCAGUUUAACCGCAAAAUCUGUCAUACCUCUAUUAGACAAAACUUUCUCAAUUUUUGGAAUACCGAAAGAACGGAAAACAGACAACGGACCGCCGUUUAAUUCAGGAGAGUUCCGAAAUUUUGCAGAUAACAUGGGUUUUAAGCACCGCAAAAUAACUCCGUUAUGGCCUCGCGCUAACGCGGAAAGUGAAAGAUUCAUGAGAACUAUAGGGAAAGCAAUUCGUGCAGCUCAAACGGAACAUCGCAGUUGGAAGCAAGAAAUACACACAUUUCUUCGCAAUUAUAGAGCAACACCACACUCAACAACUAACGUGUCCCCGGCAGAACUUUUAUUUGGAAGGAAGAUCAAUACAAAAAUGCAGAACAGUUCAAUAAAUAACCAAGCCGACAGUGAAGUUCGAAAAGAAGACCACAAGAACAAAAUUAAAAUGAAAUCAUACUUCGAGAAAAAACAUUCAGUAAAAGUACCUGAUUUUACAGUAGGAGAUACCGUACUAGUUAAACAGGAAAAGAAAGAUAAACUAUCUACCCCGUACAAUCCUCAACCAUUAACAAUUAAGAAUAAAAAGGGUAGUAUGAUUACGGCAACGAACGAACAACAAAAAGAUAUCACUCGCAAUUCGUCACACUUCAAAAAGGUUGGGAAAUCUAACAUAAUGACGGAUGAGGAAAUAGAAGAAAUCAUUGAUGAUGACAUACCAAACACACCAUUGAGAAGAUCAUCACGAGCAAAACAAACAUCGAAACAUCUCGAUGAUUAUGUACGUUAA